AUGAGGGACAUUUCGUACUCAUCAUCUCAAGGGGGUGCCGGCCCAGGAAUCCCAUACCGGGACCCGGUUAUAUGUCUAACAUUGGUUUCACACAUUCUAUGUAUCACACCAUUGAGACGGAGCCACCUGCCCUUGAUGCGGAGGGCUUCGCAAUCUGUGGUAGCUGUGUAUCCUCGUCAAAUCCUCAUAUGCAAACAAGGUGUGCGAGACACACUGGACAUGUUCCUGAUUACAUUGCCGAAGUUGUCGAGUUGGAGGAUCUCUCUCCUCUCAACGACAGCAAAGGGUCUUGACAUCAAUGUGGAUGCAAACAGGUGGGCAAAGGUUGGGCAAAGGCGUGGGUUCCCCAUCCAGCUUCAGCUGAACUCAGAUGACAAUUCCACCAUCGUUGACGUGGGGCUUCAAGAUAAGACCAGCAUCGAGACACUGUUCAUUUAUGGAGCAUAUAGGAUGGGUCUCGCCAAUACCGUUUCAGAUGCGAAGGACGUUGAGGGUAUGUCUAACAUUGGUUUCACACAUUCUAUGUAUCACACCAUUGAGACGGAGCCACCUGCCCUUGAUGCGGAGGGCUUCGCAAUCUGUGGUAGCUGUGUAUCCUCGUCAAAUCCUCAUAUGCAAACAAGGUGUGCGAGACACACUGGAUUGCCGAAGUUGUCGAGUUGGAGGAUCUCUCUCCUCUCAACGACAGCAAAGGGUCUUGACAUCAAUGUGGAUGCAAACAGGUGGGCAAAGGUUGGGCAAAGGCGUGGGUUCCCCAUCCAGCUUCAGCUGAACUCAGAUGACAAUUCCACCAUCGUUGACGUGGGGCUUCAAGAUAAGACCAGCAUCGAGACACUGUUCACCUUUGUUCACUCUAUCAUCUCUAAAACCCGCGCGGACCCAACGCUUUGGGUCAUAGCCUAUCAGGAAAACGUUAGGGUGAUCUUUGGUGUCUUUGUCUCAGGGAACCACAUCUUUGAGCACUAUGUCUUUGCAAAGGAGGUCUUUCGAGGACUCUGUCUUUGGGUGCAAUUCUUUGAUAUUCAAGCUGAGGCUAUCAGGUCUUUCAGUCAAAAGAAGCCAGAUGCGCACCGCACUGUCAGGAUGAAUGAUAAUCAAUAG